AUGGUCCGGCCUCAGAAUGUUCACUGGUUUAUCGCUACAAUUGUAUUUUUCAUCGGAUUUGUACACGCUAAUACAGAAUCAAUCUUAUAUAAGGUUCCUCACAACUUUCCCCUCAAAAAACCAAGAGACAGCUCUACUUAUGCAAGAGAUGUAAACUUGAUAUCUUCCAUAUCACUAUCGGGAGAAGCAAUGAGUCAGAUCACUAUCGAGGCCAAUACCACUGACUUGGAGUUGCAUAAUACUACGUAUAUUGAACUGGCGGACUUACAGCGAGACGAAACAUAUCAGAUUAAAGUGUGUUGGUCAGCAAUACAUCCAAUUUCCAUUAAUAAUCUCCAAACUAUCACAAUACCACGUUUCACUGAAUUUCAGGGAACUAAGUCAGACUACGCGAGAAUACUAGUGACUUUCCAGGUCUUGUCUGACUCGUAUCCUAGUGAGCAUGCCAUGGUUCCAAUACAAGUCUCAUUAAUCACCACUCGGCUAGGUAUCCCCGUGGAUAUUUACCCAACAUUAAUCGUUAUGGUGCUAUUAGUAGCAGGGCUUGUUGUUACCCGGGCACCACACGUAUUGAACGAUCUUUUGCUGAAAUUUUAG